CCCUUCUCCAUGAGCAUUUCUUCAAACCCUAGAACAUGCUUUCAUCGUCGUUGUAGCCUUUCUUUCUUACAUGCAAGUGUGACAAACAACUCCCUUUUCUACAAGAUUUAAAAAAACCAUGGCCAACAACCCGAGAAACAACGCCAACAAGAAACUGAAGCAUCAUCGGAACCAUGAUUCCGAUGAUGUAGAGGGAAACCCCGAGGUAUGGGCAACGCUGGACAAGAAUUUCAAGCAGGUGCAGUCGGUUUUAGACAGGAACCGGGCGUUGAUCCAACAGGUCAACCAGAAUCACCAGUCCAAGAUCCCAGACAACAUGGUCAAAAACGUUGCACUCAUUCAGGAACUCAAUGGCAACAUUUCCAAGGUUGUCUCUCUUUACUCUGAUAUGUCUUCCAAUUUCUCCUCUACCUUUCAGCAACAACACAGCAACGGACACAACAGGGACGACUAAACUUUCGUUAUUAUUAAUAAAAAAAAUAUUACUGUAAU